GUGAGGUCACACACAGUGAGUUUCCUGCAGAUGAGGCAGAAUAAACGAUGCUGGAUUUAAUGUGUUUCAUUAAAGAACAAAGAGGCAAAUAUUCCUCUAGAUAAAGAAUAAAGAGUCAAACAUCCGGCGGGUGAACAGAAACAUCAUUAUCAAUGCUAGCGGACUCAGCGGGUCGGUGUCGCGGCAGGAAGCGCUCGGCAGCAGCAGCAGCAGUGGGCGGACCUGACUCUGGUGGGCGGGGCCGCAGCAGCGCACCUGCAGCACAGACGAGAAGGAAAGCCGCAGAGACUGGAGAAGACGACGAUCAGUCAGAGAAGAAGUUCAGGAAGUGUGAGAAAUCUGGAUGUCCAGCGACGUAUCCCGUGUGUUUCGCCAGCGCGUCUGAGAGGUGUGCGAGAAACGGAUACACGUCUCGCUGGUAUCACCUGUCGUGUGGAGAGCACUUCUGUAACGAGUGUUUUGACCAUUACUACAGAAGUCAUAAAGACGGAUAUGAGACGUUCUCCUCGUGGAAGAGGGUUUGGACCAGCAAUGGGAAGAGUGAACCCAGCCUCAAAGCGUUCAUGGCCGACCAGCAGCUGCCCUACUGGGUUCAGUGCACUAAAGCAGACUGUAGAAAAUGGCGUCAGCUGAGUAAAGAGACGCAGCUGACGGCCGCGCUGGCGUCAUCGUACCGCUGCGGGAUGAAGCUCAACAGUGUCAAAAUCGAAGGAUGUGAUGCGUGUUCUCAGCCGGAGGAUGUGCGUGUGCUCGGUGUGGCGGACAGCUGGUGGCACUCCAUGCUCAUCCUGCCGCCGCUGUUUAAGGACAGUCCCGCCAGUCCGUUCCUCAGCGCUUACUACCCCGACUGCGUGGGCAUGAGCCCGUCUGCUGCGCCUGGCAACCAGCGUCCGGAGCAACGGCGGGCAGCGCCGCCUCACAUUCCCGGACUCUCGUCGUAUUUCCAGCCCUUCUAUCAGCCGAACGAGUGUGGGAAAGCCUUGUGCGUGAGACCCGACAUGAUGGAGCUGGAUGAAUUGUACGAGUUCCCAGAAUUCUCCAGAGAUCCCACGAUGUAUCUGGCGCUGAGGAACCUUGUGCUGGCGGCCUGGCACCGAGACUGUAAGGAGGUUCUGACGCCGCAGAAAUGUGCUCCUCACGUGAUCGUCCGCGGCCUGGUGCGCAUCCGCUGCGUGCAGGAGCUGGAGCGAGUCCUGUACUUCAUGACCCGGAAGGGCCUGAUCAACACGGGAGCGCUGCAGAUCAAAUGGCCGCUGCUGCCCGAGUCACAGCACAACAAGGUGCUGGUCAUCGGAGCCGGUGCUGCGGGUCUCGCUGCUGCUCGCCAGCUCCAGAACUUCGGCAUGCAGGUGGUGGUUCUGGAGGCCAGGGAGCGAAUCGGAGGCAGAGUUUGGGAUGAUGCGUCGUUGGGCAUAACGGUCGGGCGUGGAGCUCAGAUUGUGAACGGCUGCGUGAACAACCCCAUCGCUCUGAUGUGUGAACAGUUGGGUCUGCGGAUGCACAAGUUGGGUGUGCGCUGUGAGCUGAUCCAGGAGGGCGGACGCGUCACUGAUCCGGCUCUGGACAAGCGCAUGGACUUCCACUUUAAUGCUGUUCUGGACGCUGUAUCCGACUGGAGGAAAGACAAGUCCCAGUCCCAGGAUGCACCACUGGGCGAGAAGAUUCAGGAAGUGUACAAGACGUUCCUGCAGGAGUCUGGACUUCACUUCACUGAGCUGGAGGAGAAAGUGCUGCACUUCCACCUCAGUAACCUGGAGUACGCCUGCGGGAGCACACUGGACCAGGUGUCGGCGCGCUCGUGGGAUCAUAACGAGUGUUUCGCUCAGUUCUCCGGCGAUCACACGCUCUUCACUGACGGAUACUCGUCUGUCCUGCACAAUCUGGCUCAGGGACUGGACAUCCGGCUCAAUACCGCGGUCCAGCAUGUGGAAUAUUCUGGAGACGCAGUGAAGGUCACGUCCACCUGUGGCUCACACUGGAGCGCACAGAAGGUUCUGGUGACGGUGCCGCUGGCUCUGCUGCAGAAGAGCGUCAUCUCCUUCACUCCUCCUCUGCCCGAGCGGAAGCUCAAAGCCAUCCACAGUCUGGGAGCUGGAGUGAUCGAGAAGGUCGCCCUGCAGUUUCCCACACGCUUUUGGGACAGUAAAAUCCAGGGAGCAGAUUAUUUCGGCCACGUCCCGCCCUGUCCGGAGAAGAGAGGCCUGUUCAGUGUGUUCUACGAUAUGCGUCCGCAGGGUGAGGAGUGUGUACUGAUGACGGUGAUCACGGGCGAAGCUCUUGUGCUGGUCAGAGACCUUCAGGACACACAGGUGGUCAAUCUGUGUAUGAGCGUCCUCAGAGAACUCUUCCAGGAGCAGGACGUUCCGGAUCCGGUGAAGUACUUCGUGACUCACUGGAGCAAAGACUCGUGGUCUCAGAUGUCCUACAGCUUCGUGAAGACGGGCGGCAGCGGCGAGGCCUAUGACAUCAUCGCCGAAGACGUGCAAGGAAAGCUGUUCUUCGCUGGCGAGGCCACAAACAGACACUUUCCUCAGACCGUGACGGGCGCGUAUCUGAGCGGAGUGCGUGAGGCCAGCAAGAUCGCAGCGCUGUAGAACCGCCUCACCGUCCAGAACCCUCCAGAACCGCCUCACCCUCUAGAACCCUCCAGAACCGCUUCACCCUCCAGAACCGUUUCACCCUCCAGAACCGCCUCACCCUCUAGAACCCUCCAGAACCGCCUCACCCUCCAGAACCGCUUCACCCUCCAGAACCGUUUCACCCUCCAGAACCCUCCAGAACCGCCUCACCCCCUAGAACCCUCCAGAACCCUCCAGAACCACCUCACCCUCCAGAACCGUUUCACCCUCCAGAACCGCCUCACCCUCUAGAACUCUCCAGAACCCUCCAGAACUGUUUCACCCUCCAGAACCCUCCAGAACCGCCUCACCCCCUAGAACCCUCCAGAACCCUCCAGAACUGUUUCACCCUCCAGAACCCUCCAGAACCGCCUCACCCUCUAGAAUUCUCCAGAACCGCCUCACCCUCCAGCACCAUCUUGCUCUCCAGAACCACCUCACCCUCUAGAACCGCCUCACUCUCCAGAACCAUCUCACUCUCCAGAACCGCCUCACCCUCUAGAACCGUCUCGCCCUCCAGAACCGUUUCGCCCUCCAGAACCAUCUCGCUCUCCAGAACCGCCUCGCCUUCAGAACCGCCUCGCCCUCCAGAACCGCCUCGCCCUCCAGAAUCGCCUCGCCCUCCAGAACCGUCUCACCCUGCUGCAGCCCUGAAAGUCUGUGAUCAUUACAAGGUGGCCUGAAGACACACACACACACACACACACACACACACACUGUUUCCAAUGAUGUCAGAUACACAAGUCUGUCUUUCUGCAGGUGUUUUAUUAGCUGUAUUUAUGAACUUUCUUUUCACCUCUGACGGUUUUGAAGUUGUUAAACAUCACAGUUCGACACCUUGUUAUGAGCUGUAGUUUGUUUCGCUUCACAGCUGAAAUGAUAUUGUGUUGAUGUGAUUCUCUGAAUUCUGGGUUUUGUAUGUUUAUGUAAAGAGAUGCACAUGAAGCUUUAUUCUGUAAAUUUCAUUUUGUCAGACACCUGUUCAAAUUAAUUAUAGAAAUAUUUUGUUUAAUUACACUUGUUUUGAAUUACA